UGAGUUCCUUCCCGUGAGCAACACUGCCAUCAUCGAACUGUCAAACUUUUAUGAUGAUUUGUUUUUAUUUACACUCUCACAUUGCACCGGACGCGUUUUUCGUAAACUGUGAAAAACAGCAAAAAUGACCGAAAGCCUGCAAAAUUGUUUGACUUGCCGGAGAAAAACGGACAACUUUCUCCGGAUAUCGGAUGAAGCGAACGUCGAGGAUAUUGGUACCAUCUUGGCGAAGCAUUUCUGGUUUCAGGCUGAGCAGUAUGAUAAUCGCAUCCUUUGCACCAGUUGUUGGGAGAAGAUUGAAGAUUUCCACAAGUUUUACUGCGAUGUGGAACAACUGUGGGCUCCGGACAGGUUGCCCGAUGGCAUAGCUAUCAAAACGGAGGAAUUGUCGAAUGAAGGCGAUCAGUUGGCGUGUGAGUUGGUGUGCACGGAAGAUGACGCCAAGAAUGAACAAACGCUUGAAAUGGAUAUCGAUGCUGUCGAUGAUGAAUGCGAAGAAUUUCUGAAGAAUGAAAAGGAAAACUCUCCACUGGAUGAUGAAAUGGAUACGGAGAACGAAGAUGAACCGACCAUGGCGGACGAUUCGGAGGAAGAUUCGGAAGUUCCCAUCGCAAGGAGAUGUAGAUCAGUUAAAAGGAAAGUCACAUCUACUUUGAGUUGCGGAAAGGCAACUCGAAAGCCGCGCCACGUGAAUUCUCAACGGAAGAUGAACUCGGAACGGAAUGACCUGAUUGCGAAAUACGUCCAGCUUAGAUGCGAUGUGUGCGAUCAUCGAUCAGCGACACUAUCCCGAUUGUUACUGCACUAUAGAAGAGACCACGAUAUGCAAGGAUACGUUACGUGCUGCGAUCGCAACUUUCAGAAAAAGUCAACGCUGUUCGAGCACCUGUGCAGGCACGAAAAUGGCACCGAGGACAAAGAGGAAUCUCCUUUCCAGUGCAUUCGAUGUGAGCCGAUGAGGUCGUUCAAAGAUGAAGAGGGUCUACAGCUGCACAAUGUGGUGUGCCAUUCGGAGCUGUCGGAGAAGAACUUCAAGUGCGAUCAGUGUAAGAAAGCCUUCGCUAGCGAAUGGCAGCUGUCCGGUCACAAGAAUUGGCACCAGAAUGUCGAAAGCUUGAAUAUUUUCUGUGAUAAAUGUAACAAAUACUUUAAUUCCGUUCGUACUUUAAAUACUCAUAUUCGAGCACAUCACUUAGAAGUAGGAACUACUUUGACAUCACCAGCCUCGGGUACAAUCAUGGACAACGUGUUACAGAUACCGACAGACGCAACGAUACCUGAACCUAUAAUAGCCAGUGCUGAUCAAGCCUUGGUCGCAACAGAAACAGCAGAAAGUUCUGAACUCAUUUCGCAAAAGCCUCGUGCAGCAACGGUCUCGUCCAGGAAAACACUGAAAUCGUCGGACGAAAUUGCCCAGCAAGAUGAGUUGAUUCGUAAGUUUUGUAGCCUCAUAUGCGAAAAGUGCGAAUUUGUUGGAGAUAACUACUACCAGCUGGACAAACACUACAAAACCGAUCACAACAUGCGUGGAUACGCGGUCUGCUGCGGACGGAAGUUCUGCAAGAAGCGGAGGUUGUUUGAGCACUGUCAACGACACGUCAAUCCGGAUAUGUUCCGAUGCGAGUUGUGCAACAAAUCGUUCACCGAGAGCGACGGUCUGGAGAAACACAACAAGUGGGUCCACACUCCGGACUCCGAGAAGCCGUUCAAGUGCGAGAUCUGUGAUGCUGCCUUCUACAAGGAUUACCUACUGCGGAACCACAUGAAGUACCACAUCUCGAUGGAGCAGAAGAUUUUCAACUGCAAGGAUUGCGACAAAUCCUUUGGAACGGCCGUUCUUUUGCGUGCCCAUCAGCAGAACAUUCACGGAGCCGCCUUCAGUUGGGUGUGUGAUAUCUGUGCCAAAGGAUUCGUUCACAAGUCCCUACUGGAAACGCAUCGGCUCUCGCACACGGAGGAAGGUGCCGCCAGCUUGAAGAAGCAAUGCGAACACUGCAAGAAAUGGCUCAAGAACAAGGACACCUACAUGAACCACUUGAAGCGAUGUUUGGCCGGUGGACCGGUGACGUGUGACAUCUGCGGAAAGGAGGCGGUGAACGAGUUGGCUUUGGCCAGUCACAAACGGUUCAAUCACGAGGAACGACCUUCGUUUGCGUGCAGUUAUUGUGGCAAACAGUUCAAACGAGUUCUACGGUUGAAGGAGCACGAGGCGAAUCACCGAGGUGAGGUUCUUUAUACGUGUCCCUACUGUCCCCGUACGUGUAAUUCCAGCUCCAAUAUGUACACCCACAAAAAGGUGGCCCAUCCGGAACUGUGGGCGGCAAAGGUGGCAGAUCGGUUCUAUAAACGGUAAGACAGAAUAAUGGCAAUGGGAUC